AUGCAAUCAGAUGAUAUUAUUUGGGAUGUAAUUAGCAAAAACUUUUGCUCCUAUAGAUCAACCUUUAAUAAAACCAAAUUUUGUAGAAAUGAAUAUAAUGUAACUGGUGUUUGCAAUAAAGUAUCAUGUCCUUUAGCAAAUAGUCGUUAUGCAACAGUUCGUGAAGAACAAGGUGUUAUUUAUUUAUAUAUGAAAACUGUCGAAAGAGCACACACACCAUCAAAACUUUGGGAAAAGAUUAAAUUAGAUCCAAACUUUAUGAAGGCAAUAGAACAAAUCGAUUCAAAUUUAGAGUUUUGGCCAGGUCAUAUGAGUCAUCGUGUCAAGCAAAGAUUUAUUAGAAUUACUCAAUAUUUAAUUAGAAUGAGAAAAAUGAGAAAACAAAUUAGACGUGAAUUAGUACCAAUUAAUAAAAAAGCAGAAAGAAGAGAUAAAACUCGUGAAAAUAAAGCAUUGGUUGCUGCACAUCUCACUGUUAAUAUUAAGAAAGAAUUAUUAAGUAGAUUAUCCAAGGGUACAUAUAGUGAAAUGAAUUACUUCCCAGAAGAAGUAUUCAAUGAAGUAUUAAAUAAAGAAGGUGAUCAAGAUGAAUUAGAUGAAGAAGAAAUCGAAGAAGAAGAAGAAUUAGAAGAAGAAUACGAAGAUGAAAUCGAUGAUCUCGAAAACGGCGGUGAUAUCGAAUAUGUUGAAGGUGAUGAUGAUGAAUUUGAUGAUGACGAUGACGAAUUUGAUGCCAACAACUAUACCUCACCAUAUGACGAUGAAGAAGAAGAUGGUGAUGACGAUGAUGAAGAUGAUAACGGAGAUGAUGAUGAAGUUAAUAUUAAACCAAAUACCACCAAUAAAAGAACAAGUUACUCUAUUCCAACCAGAAAAUCCACUCGUCCAUAUGUUCACCUCGAAUAUGAAAAAGAAUAUGAAGAAGAGCAUAAUUAA